GGACGUUUGAAUGAGAAGGAGCAGAUAUCACUCCGCCCGAAAGUUGUGACCUGUGUGUGUGUGUGUUUCGUGUUUGCAACGCAGGGCUGCACAGAUGGAUGAAUUUAUUGAUCUUUACGGGAGCUCAGACCCUCUUCAAAAGGUGACUGGCUCCUGUGUGACUCAACUGUCCACACCACACCUCUUAUACUGGCUUCCUCAAAGGAUUGUGAUUGGUCUACGGAGGUUUCACAACUAGAUCAUCCCCAAUAAUAAAGCCGCUGGUCAUGCCAGCAGAGAAGCUCUUCCAAUGGUUUCUUCUCUACGAUGGAGGCUCAGCCAAGCUCAAAAGGAUUACCUGGUAGUCCAGGGGCCAAAGGUGGACCUGGAUUUCAAGGUGAGCCUGGUCCCAGAGGUCAUGCUGGCAUGUCCGGAGGGAGACCGAGGUCAGCGCGGUCCAGUGGCUCCACAAGGAUUAGUCGGAAAGGCUGGAAGCAAAGGAGAGAGAGGACCGAUGGGUGUCCCAGGUGCUCAAGGUCUGAGUGGAACCAAAGGAGACAAGGGCUUCCAAGGAAGAUGUGGACCCAAAGGAGACAUUUUUUCUGCUUGAAGGGAGACCCUGGUGUGGAGGGGCUGGCUGGUGAGAAAGGUGAAAAGGGUAUGUCUGGAGAACCUGGCCCUAAAGGACAGCACAGAGUGAGGGGAGACCUUGGACAUAACGGUCCAACUGGAGACUCUGGGAAGCCAGGUGAUCUAGGACCCCCUGGACCGCCUGGUCCUCGGGGGUUGAACGGCAUGAGAGGAGUGCCUGGCAUGCCGGGUAUUGAGGGUCCACCGGGACAAGAUACAUCUGAGCAGCAUGUUAUUGAUGUGGUGCUAAGAAUGUUGCAAGAGAGGCUGGCAGCAGUAGCAGUGAGCGCUAAAAGGGCUGUGCUUGGUGGAGCUGCAUCAUGGGAACUCCCCGGCCCUCCUGGACCUCCGGGAUCAACGGGUCCACAAGGACCACAUGGUUUGCCUGCUUCUCCAACAAUUCCUGGGAUGAUAGGAGCUGAUGGACGGAUCGGAAACAAAAGUCUUAAAGUGGGCUCACGCAGGGGCUCACGCAGGGGCUCACGCAGGGGCUCACGCAGGGGCUCACCCUGCCCGUCACCCGUGGGCGCGCGAAACGCGGACUACCCAAGACGCAGGGUCCACCGGCAGCCCGCCGCACCGCACACGCGCAGGUCUCGUAACAGGGGUGUCGCCCCGUAG